AUAAAUCACUUCACUCUACAAAACACACUUUGGUUGGCUCAUCAACUAUUUUUGUUUCAACUCCUUCCUCAUUUUAAAACUCAACUAAUUGACUCAAAAGAAAAUCAAAUUAUCAGAUAAGUCCCCAAAAUAUUUUGAGAAUCAUGCUAAAGAUGGAGAUUAACGGUGGGGUUGCUACACCUACUGCUUCCGCCGUCGCCGCCGUGGCAGAAACCAAAACUCCUGUUACCUCUCCUUCUCCUACCUCUUCACCUCCACCGCCACCUUCCCCGCAGCAGCCAACACCACCGCCGGUGGUACUAAGCCCUUGUGCGGCUUGCAAGAUUUUGAGGCGGCGGUGCGCCGAGAAAUGCGUUUUGGCACCGUAUUUUCCUCCGACGGAUCCGGCGAAGUUCACUAUCGCUCACCGUGUCUUCGGAGCUAGCAACAUUAUUAAGUUCUUGCAGGAACUCCCGGAAUCGCAAAGAACUGAUGCUGUUAAUAGCAUGGUCUAUGAAGCCGGAGCUAGGAUGAGAGAUCCGGUUUACGGAUGUGCGGGUGCAAUUUACCAUUUGCAGAGACAAGUGAGCGAGCUUCAAGCACAACUUGCGAAAACUCAAGUAGAGUUGGUAGGCAUGCAACUCCAAAGAUCAAGUCUACUAGAAUUGAUAUAUAAUAUGGAGCAAACAAAGUUGUCAGCACAAGAGCAAGGACAACAAAAGAUGUCCUUCGAGAGUUCACUUGAAAGCGGCGAUGAGUUCAUUAGUAGCCCUGACGAAGAGAGCAAUGAUUUGGGAUUCCUUGAGGACAACAACAACAAUAAUUCAUCAAUGUCCUGGUGGGAUCCUCUUUGGACAUGAUCAUAACUUAUGGUAUUAUUAGCUCGCUUUAAAGUGCUUUAGUGGUUACUUCCAUAUGCAUAUUAAAGACCCUAGGAUAUG